UUGAAGAUUACAGUAAUUGGACUGGGGUAUGUGGGCACGGUGGCGGCGGCCUGUCUGGCAGACGCGGGACAUGACGUCACGGGGGUUGAUAUCGACCCGGGCCGAGUGGCAAACCUCCAAUCGGGACGAGUUCCCAUCUACGAGCCGGGGUUACAGGAAAUGGCGCAAAGUGCGGUCGCGGCGGGACGGUUGCGGUUCACUCAACCCGACGAUUUUGAAGAACCGCUGGGAAGGGUUGCGUUGGUGGCAACGGGCACGCCUCCAGGUGGAGGGGGUGGAGCGGACCUUCGUCAGAUGCGGUCGGCACUGGCGUGGGUCAGGGAGCAGCGUUCCUGGGAUACAACGGUGGUGAUGAAAAGUACAGUGCCGCCGGGAACCGGGGAGCGGAUGAUUACCCACGAGCUAAGGGGCUCAGGAAUUUGCUACGUUUCCAACCCGGAAUUCUUGCGGGAGGGGCGAGCAAUCCAGGACUGGCAGCAUCCGAAUCGCAUCGUGAUUGGGGUGGCCCUAGGAGACACCGGGUCAGUUGACGUCCUGAAAGCGAUGAAUGUCGGCAUUGACGCCCCCCGUAUCGUUACGGACAUCACCAGCGCAGAGAUGAUCAAGUACGCCAGCAACGCCUUAUUGGCUACGCGGAUAUCAUUCAUGAACGAGAUUGCCUCCCUGUGUGAGCGGGUUGGCGCAUCGAUUGACGCGGUGAGCCAGGGUCUGGCGAUGGACCCGAGGACCGGGGGCAGAAUCUAUGCGGGCGUAGGCUACGGAGGUUCCUGCUUUCCCAAGGAUGUGCGCGCGCUCGAUCACCUGGCGCUGACCAGCGGGGUGAGCGUGGAGCUGCUGCGUGCGGUCAUUACGGUGAACAACCGUCAGCGGUUGCUGCCGCUAUACGCACUGCGGGAAAGGUUCUGCGGGGCAAUAUCAGGGCUGCGCGUCGCCGUGUUGGGACUGGCGUUCAAACCCGACACCGACGAUGUGAGAGAAGCGCCAGCGUUGGACCUGAUCCGAGCUUUGUCCGAUGAUGGUGUGCUGGUUACUGCUCAUGAUCCGCAAGCCAAUGAAUCUGCCCGUGCGUUUCUGCCGGAAUCUGUUGAGUUGGUGAGCGACCCGAUGGCGGCCACCAAAGGGGCGCAGGCCGUGGUCCUGAUGACCGAGUGGGAGCAACUCGUAGAUGCCGACUGGGAAUCCAUUGCCAGUGGGAUGUGCCCGCCCCGUUUCGUUUUUGACGGGAGGAACGCGCUGGACGCGGCCCUGAUGCAGGAACUCGGAUUUGAGUACACCGGAGUGGGCCGAGGCAGGACGACGGACUUUUGGACCAGAUCGAUCCCACUCUAUGUCCCGAAUGACCAGGGGGCACAAUGA